GUCAACAUUUCAGACGUAAACAUGGCCGGCUGGACUCGCUCUCUGGCUCGCUUGCAAUUCCGGCCUUGCAACAGAGGACAGACUCCCCCCCUCCUCUGCAAUCGGUUUAUUGAGGGACCAUGGAGGCACUACAGCCAAUACCCACCAACAUAUGCAGAGCCUAUAUAUCGCAAAGAAAAUUUAGAAGAAUUAUCCAAAUCAGGAGAAACUGAAAGUCUGGCAUUUACACCAAUAAAAGCAGCCUUGAAUAAUCAGACCAGUUCAAUCUUCCAUGAUCCUUUGGUAGCGAAAUUUACAAAUUAUGUUAUGAAGACAGGAAACAAAGCCUUGGCUCGAGAUCUCAUGGAAAAGACCUUUGAAAAUAUUAAACGAAUGCAGCUCCAGAAGUAUCACCAGGCAGAGACUGAGGAGGAGAAAGCUUCAGUUGAAUGUAAUCCAAUCAACAUCAUACGUAAUGCAGUCGAGAACACCCGACCACUGCUACAGCUUACCCCCAUUAAGCGAGGUGGUGUUAAAUACCAGGUGCCAGUGCCAAUAACAGAAAAGCAUUCAUACUUUGUUUCAAUGCGAUGGCUCGUUGAAUCCGGCAGAGAGAAGGAGAGAAAGGUUCACUUCCCCGAAAAAUUGGCAAAAGAACUCAUAGAUGCUUCCAGAAAUGAGGGCCGUGUUGUGAAAAAGAAGCAGGAUCUCCAUCGGCAGUGUGAAGCCAACCGUGCCUAUGCUCACUACAGAUGGAGCUAAAUGUUAAAUAAGAAUAGAUCCUUUUCUCAGUUAAUUUUUAUAAGUUUAUAAGUUAUGUAGCAGUGUCCUUUGCAAUGUAAAUAAAGAUACAGUUGAGAUGUAUUGUACAUAUUCACUGCAAGAAAGGUUAA